AUGUCGAAUAUGCAGGUUAUUCUCAUUUCCUCGAGCUUCAAGUUGGCACCAAGCUUCGUUGUCAUCCUCUUCAUAUGCAUUGUGCAUGUCAAGUCAGAGGAUGGUUGUCGGCCAUCCUGUCAGUCUAGCGGCACUCUUGCCGAUGGCUCCAACUGCGCGGAGAAAUGCUGCUGCUGUGAAAAUGGCUUUGAGCCCACCAUGUACAACAAGAAUUGUGCGAUAUGUCCUGCAGGAAAGUACCUCAAGAAAGGCGCGAAACUGACUGAGGCCAGAUGCACUUCGUGUGUGGCAGGAAAAUAUGCUCCUGAUCAAGCAUCUAGCAGUUGCCUCGAUGUAUACCAUACUUUCUAUGCGCUCAUAGCGUGUCAGCAGGGAACCAUCAGCGACUCCGGGGCAGCCACAUGCACAAAGGCAAGUGUCCAGAGGGCAAGACGACAACAGGAGACGGGAAAACUGUGUGCGAGAAGGCAAGGGGAGGUUGAGGGCUGUGGGUUCCUGAUGAUGAGGGUCAAGGAUUUGGCAAAGUGCAACACAGAUGGCGAAGUGGAUGCGUUCGGAUGCCUCAAGGGAUGCAUGUCAAAGACAGACUGCAAGGCAUCAAAAUCAUCCACGACCACUGUGAACACGGCAGCAGAACUCAGCAAUGCGAAGAUGACGACAUCCGGUUAUGUUGAAGCCACAUGGUCCAAGGCGACCGGACAAGAAAACUCCAUCUGCUGUCACAUCGACAGACAGUCCCAGUGCCUUAAAGACGCCGGUUGCUCAGUCAUCGUGGGCACUUCAGGAGCUCGUGAAAGCAUGGCGAUGGCUCAGCUCCCUCUCUUGAUUUGCUCCGCUGCUCUCAGCCUGGCAUACUACCAUUCCAGCCUGCGUGUCGUUCACUAA